AUGGCAGAAGCAUCAACAUCAUCAGCGACAGCAGAAGCGGGCUCUGCUUCCGGUGUGCCAGAAGCCUCUGCAUCGACGUCCACCUUCAUCGAAUCUUCUUCGGCGUAUCACGCUGGGCGAUCAGGACGUGGUUCGGAUGACGAUGACGAUGACGACGAUGACGAGAAGCUCUUUGCCGAGCUUGACGAGGAACUCGAUAUGAUGCAAGACGAAUCCAACUUCGGUCACGGAGGAGGCGAUACGGUCGCCAGCUUUGACAUGGCUGAGUUCAGAGAGCGCAGGAUGGAGGAGCUUCGGCAAGAAAUCGCAGCACACAAAGCAGCCAGCGACUUCGACGGUUCCCCUCUUUCCUCGCUCCAGCACACCUCCACCGCCUCCAUGAAGGGCCUCCUCACCGAGAUCACCAACGAAAAGGACCUCAUCGGCUUCUCCUCCCACGAGCGUCAGGUCGCCAUCCACUUUUUCCACCCCAAAUUCCCACGCUGCGCCCUGCUCGAUCGCCACCUGCUCGUCCUCGCCCGUCUCCACCCUUCCACGCUGUUCCUCAAAGCAAACGUGCUCAACUGUCCCUUCCUCACAGCAAAACUCAAAGUCUCCGUCCUGCCCUGCCUGAUCACCUUCAAGGACGGCAUCAGCAAGGACAAGAUCGUCGGCUUCGAAGAGCUCGGCAACUCGGACAAGUUUUCCACCGGCGCGUUGGAGUGGAGGCUCGGGCAGAGCGGGAUCAUCGAUCCGAGGGAGAAUAGGAAACCGAUUCUGGGUUUCAGUGAGAGUAACGGCGGUGGUGAUACGGUGGGUAAAGGGGUGGUCGGGGCGAGAAAGGAUGAUGAGGAUGACUUUUGGGAUGACGAGUAG